UUGUUUUUAACCCGCAUCCGGCAACACUGGUGUUGGGCAGUGAUUCUGGAAUCUGAAAAUAAAAUAUAAUAAAAAUGGAAGAGAAUGAGACUAAGAUGACGGAAUCCGCAGGCCCUGCCAAUGGUGAAGGUGAAGAUGACGCUACCAGUGAGAUGCGUAAACUGCAAAAUGAAUUUAAUGUCCAGCGAGCCAAGAUGAGGGAAUUGUUUAUGCAGAAGGAGGUGGAGUUGAGUCAAUGUAUGGCCGAACGAAAGCAAUUGCAAAUGGAAAUGGACGAACUCAAGACACACAUAAUGGUAGCGGAUCUAAAGUCGGAGAAUGAGCUGCGGAUGAGGGACUUUAAGGCACAGGAGGAGAUAUCCUCCUUACAGCAGCUUGUGCAGGACACCAUCGAAGAGUCAUCUAACUACAAAAGCGAGCUGGAACGCAUUAAAUUAGAGGUAAUCAAAUAUCAACAGCAGCAGCUCCAACUGCAGCAACAGUCGGAAUCAUCAGUAGGUAGUGGACUGGCUCCUCAAGUACUGAAUCAAGUGAAAAAAACUUUGGGCUCGGUGCGAAAACUGGGAAGCGACUCCUUGAACAGCAGCUUCCAGGCGGAUGAUGAUCAUCCAAGGGGGAAGCAAGCCAAUAAGCAAUAUGCCUCUGAAGAUGCAGAAAUGCUACAUUCCAUAGUCGAGCAGCUACAAGAAGAAAUGAAGGCGUUAAAGGAGAAAUUGCGAGAGCAAGAUGAACAGCUGCAAUUAAAGCCUAGCAUUCACGACGAGUCCUUGCCCAUACACCAGUCCACAUCAAUGGAACUAGCUGACAGCUCUUGUGAGUCGUGUAUUACGGCUGAAAAGAAAGCCGAAGAAGUGAGCUUGCAAGUGAAGAGGCAACAAAAGCAAAUCGAUUUGCUGCAGAGGCAACUCGUUGAGUCGCGCGAAACUUUGACCAAAGAGGCAGCGCUGCGGAAAGAUCUCGAAGAUCAAUGGCAGGAAAAGCGAGAGGCCCACAAAACCGAGGUUCAGAGUCUACGUGAACAGGCCAAGACCCAAGAGCAGCUGCUAUUGGAUAUGCAACAGAGGUUCCUGGAGACCAAGGAUGAAGUCAAUCGACAAUUGCAACGCGUCACCGAUGACCGGGAACGUGUCAACAAGCAGCUGGAGACAUUGCAAGCCGAUAAUGAUUUUUUGUCCGGUCGCUAUCUGGCGACAUCCGAAGAGAUUGAGAAUCAGAACAUAAAUCUGCCCAAUACAGUGGUGGAACUGCACGAGCUGAUGCUCCGCCAACAGAGCGAAUUGAUUCAGGCUCGAGUAAGCAGCGAAUAUGAAAAGCAAAAGUGCGUCAGUUCGCUGGAUGAGAUUCAAAUUCUACGUGCCCAGCUGGAGGAGAGCAACAACGAGCGAAGGGUGUACAAGAGGAAGAUGCAAUUAGAUAUUAAGUCGCUGCAAGAUCGUGUUACCGAGCAUUUGGUCACAGUUCAAGCCUAUGAGACGACCAAAACCCAAUUGGAACGCAAGGAGGCUGAGCUGAAUAAACAGUUGUCCGAUUGCCGUGUAGAAAUCAUAGAGUUACAGGACUCCAAUGAAAAGCUUUCAAAAGCAAAUGUCGAAUAUAAAACUAAAAUAAAAACGUUGCAAGAGGAGCUCUCUACAAUGGAAACAGUGCAAAAGGAUUUUGUAAAAUUAUCACAAACGCUACAAAUGUCCCUGGAAGAGCUUCGGCACGCCGAUACGGAAGUACGCUGGCAGGACGACGACGACGUGAACAAUUGUCCGACGUGUAAUGCUGGAUUUACGGUUAUGGUGCGGAAAAUUCAUUGCCGGCAUUGCGGCCACAUCUACUGCGAUAAAUGUUUAACAAAAACGGUGCCAUCAGGACCACGGAAACGUGUUGCCCGAGUCUGUGAUAUCUGUCACACAUUGCUCACUCCAAAUACUGCUCCUUACUUCAGUCGGGAGCAGCAGCAGCAAAGCCAACCACAUCAGCAGCAAUCCAAUUAGGCAAAGGAUAUUUGGCAUAGAGUCUAAAAUUUCCACAUUAUUUAUUUUGUGUAAUUCAUAAAUGUACGUCUAUUAGUUUUGUCUUUUUCUUUUCUCCAAAAUGUUAAUAGAUUUUUGAUUGACUUUUGAUAUUAUUUAAAAGAAAAAAAACCCAAAAGUUUAAAAUCUUCUUUUUUAAACCUUGUCACAAUAGUUCAAGUCAUAUCCAAAAUGAUGAUUCAAAUAGGAUGAAGCGAUUUAAAUAUAAAUAUAAAUGUCAGA